AUGGACAAAACCAACAACCGUUGUUUAUGCCUAUUCAGCUUCGAUGCUUCACUGCGCCAUAGCUUUCAGCAAGCCGCCAGAGGCAUUGGCAUCAUUGGUAUUGGCAUCAUUCUCGGUAGCGCCGAUUGGAAUCGGUCCAUUCAAUCAUUGAAGGUCGACGUCAUGUUCAACGAAAAGCAAAAACCGGCCAUCCCCGGCCAAGCCUCAAAGCCCCAAAGCCACUGGCCCAAUGUUUCGAGUUGGAGGCCGGGAGGCCACUGGCGCCGGGACUCGAUGACUUGGAUGACUGGCAUCAAGCCAGCAACAGUUAUCAAAAUGGCUUGCGACAGCGAUGACUUGGAUGAUAACUGA